AAUAUUCUGUGAACCACACAUCUCACGACCUUUUCAACAGCGGAUCAACCUUAAUAUUUGGCUUCUCCAUUAGUGCCACGCCAUUUCAAACCACUCUUAAACCUUUUGUUCUCUUGGUGACCAAGAACUUCUAUAGGUGCAUCACGGCUUCUGCUGCGGAUCUCUCAGCUGAUUGGUUUGGACACGCACACGCUUCUUGAACUUGUUACCAGCUUAAACAUACGUUAAGGCGUAGAAUCAUGGCGAAUUUCACAGUUCAAGUGGAGAGCGGAAGAAGAGGCAAAGAUGGGAAUCCCUCAGUUGGUCCAGUGUACCGAAGCAUCUUGGCAAAGGAUGGGUUUCCGCCUCUUGAUCCCGACUUGAACACCUCAUGGGAUGUCUUUAGGAUAGCUGCGGAGAAAUUUCCAUCGAACAGGAUGCUCGGAUGGCGCGAGAUGAAAAAUGGGAAGGUAGGGCCUUAUCUAUGGAAAACAUACAAGGAGGUCUACCAAGAGGUGUUGCGAGUUGGUUCUGCUCUAAGUCAUCUCGGUGUCAAACAUAGUUCCAAAAUAGGGAUCUAUUCAGUAAACUGUCCUAACUGGAUAGUGGCCAUGGAGGCUUGCAAUGGAUACAGUUAUGUUUGUGUUCCACUCUACGAUACACUAGGUGAAGGAGCUGUUGGUUACAUCGUAGAGCAUGCUGAAAUUGUUGUUGUUUUUGUUCAGGAGACGAAAAUAAACAGAAUCCUGUCCUCCAACUGUACAUCUACUAUGCAUCUCAAAGUAAUUGUUUCAUUGGGUUCUACUACUGUGGAACAAAAUGCUACUGCUGCCAACACCGGAAUGAAACUGUACUCUUGGGACGAAAUUAUUGAGAUGGGGAAAGAGAACACAUUAGAUCCAUUGCCUCCUAAACCUCUUGAUAUAUGCACGAUAAUGUACACGAGUGGGACGAGAGGAGAUCCGAAAGGUGUUGUAUUGACUCAUGAAUGCAUCGCAACAUAUGUAACGGGUACUGAUCUAUUCAUGAAUCAAUUUGAAGAUAAGAUGACAACAGAUGAUGUCUACCUCUCCUUUCUUCCCCUUGCGCACAUUCUUGACCGAACAAUUGAAGAAUAUUUUUUCCAUCAUGGGGCUUCUGUUGGCUAUUAUCAAGGGGAUAUACAUGCUUUGAGGGAUGACCUUAUGGAGUUGAAGCCAACUCUCUUCGCUGGGGUUCCUAGGGUUUUUGAAAAAGUUUAUGAAGGUGUGUUGAAGGCAUUGUCAGAACUCCUACCACAUAGAAGGAUGAUCUUCAAUGCUCUAUACAGAUAUAAACUACAUUGGAUGAGAUUAGGAUAUUCACAUAAGACUGCUUCACCCUUAGCAGAUUUCUUGGCUUUUCGCAAGGUGAAAGACAGGUUAGGAGGCCGUGUUCGUCUUAUAAUAUCUGGAGGUGCUCCAUUAAGUCCUGAUGUUGAGGAGUUCUUGAGAGUUACUAGUUGUGCUUAUCUUAUUCAAGGCUAUGGUUUAACAGAGACCUGUGGCGUUAGCACAGUUGGAUUUCCUGAUGACAUGUCACUGGUUGGCACUGUCGGUGUUACAUCUGCAUACGUCGAGGUGCGCCUAGAAGAAGUUCCAGAAUUGGAAUAUGAUCCAUUGGCGACUCCCUCACGUGGUGAAGUGUGUUUAAGAGGGAAGACAAUCUUCACAGAGUACUACAAAAACCCUGAGUUAACAAAGGAGGUAAUGAUCGAUGGCUGGUUUCAUACAGGGGAUAUUGGGGAGAUGAGACCUGAUGGGGUUCUGAAGAUUAUCGACAGAAAGAAGAACAUAUUUAAACUAUCACAGGGUGAAUAUGUUGCAGUUGAAUACCUAGAGAACACAUAUAAAGUUUCUCCCAUUGUUGAAGAUAUUUGGGUUUAUGGGGACAGCUUGAAAUCUGUGCUUGUAGCCGUGACCACGCCGCAUGAGGACAGUACGCAAAGAUGGGCACAAGCAAAUGGCCAUCAGGGAUCUUUCUAUGACCUAUGCAAACUAGAAGACCUGAAGAAAUACAUUCUCCAAGAGUUGAAGAAAGUUGCUGAAACUAACAAGCUAAGAGGUUUUGAGCACAUUAAAGGUAUAGUUGUAGAUCCUUUACCAUUUGACGUUGAACGAGACCUUGUGACUCCUACAAUGAAGAAGAAAAGAGCACAAAUGCUGAAGUUUUAUCAGUCAGAUAUCGGUAAAGUUUAUCAAAAUAUUUCAGCAGAAAGAAAAAGAUAAGCCUGAACUAUAUAUUAAUUGCAUCCUUAAAAACUUUGAAUCUCUCAGCUCGAGCAUCAUCUGUGUUGUUAGGCUGCUCAGUUUACUCCUGCUUGCUAUGUCAAUAAAUGUUCAAUUUGAAACCAGUGUUAAAAACCUGAAUGUUUUCAGUCCAUGCAAUGAUCUAUGUUGUUGAUGCGACAGAAAUGAUCUUCCCAGUCUUCGCAAAAGUAUGAUAAGAUUGUGUAGAAUUUUCUGUUCAUAUUAUUUAAUGAUUCUGAAACGGGUAAUCAUUUUUCUCAA